AACAGAAAAGGCUGGGACCUUUAUCGACAGUCCAGCUGUCAAAGAGUGCACAGAAAGUGAGUGAGAACGGAACGAACGAAGCGACCAUACAGCGCAAGAUCAAACAGUUGCUUACUAUGCAGGCUGAUGGGAAGGCGGUGGACGGCAGCUUGCUGGGCGAUGCAAACGGGGUGGAGCCGAGCCCCGGGGGGCAGAGCGAGGGCGGGGCCAAGUGGCAGAAGCCGCGGCUCACCCGCAAGACCCUCAUGAAGUGCUGCCUGGUCAAGUGGAUCAUCGCAAGCGCAGCGCCACAGGGGCCAGACAGCAGCGACAGUGACCUGGAGCUUUCCGCCGUCAGACACCAGCCUGAGGGCCUGGAGCAGCUUCAGGCCCAGACCAAGUUCACCAGGAAGGAGCUGCAGUCUCUCUACAGGGGCUUUAAGAACGAGUGUCCCAGUGGUCUUGUGGAUGAAGAGACCUUCAAGUCCAUCUAUUCCCAGUUCUUCCCUCAAGGAGAUGCCACAACUUAUGCACAUUUCCUGUUCAAUGCUUUCGACAUGGACAGAAACGGCUCCAUUCGAUUUGAGGAUUUCGUGAUCGGACUGUCUGUACUUUUGAGGGGGUCCGUGAAUGAGAAGCUCAACUGGGCUUUCAACCUCUACGACAUCAACAAGGAUGGUUACAUCACCAAAGAGGAGAUGCUUGCAAUCAUGAAGUCGAUCUAUGACAUGAUGGGCAGGUACACCUCCCCCAGUGUGCGAGAAGACGCACCCUUUGAGCACGUGGAGAAGUUCUUCCAGAAAAUGGACCGAAACCGAGAUGGAGUGGUGACCAUCGAUGAGUUCAUGGAGACCUGUCAGAAGGAUGCAGACAUUAUGAGCUCCAUGCAGCUCUUCGAGAAUGUGAUCUAGGGUGUGACAGCGUGUCAAACUGAACUCUCCUGCUAUCUACCGGUGCCACAUGUCAAUAAACUCGCUGACCUGAAAUCCCCACCCCCCGCACUCAGCAUGCACCUUUGCCUAGUUAUAAACCUUCAUGGGGGUGGCAAAUAAACAAGGAAACACAGCAGGUUAUUUGUAUCUACAGUGUGUGUGUAUUUAAGGAAGUCCUUACAGGAAGGAAGCACUGGACCAAGCUUUCACUCACUGCAAGAAAACUGAAGAGACUUUUUCGUAGCAGUGUUCAGUGGAAAAUGGGAAAAUAAUCACUAUUUCUUCUCUGAUAUUGUCAUUUUAUGGGGAGAGACAGGGAAGUAGACUGAGAAAAAGAGAUUUGUUGUAUGUUUGUUUGUUUGUUCCCAGACCAGGGGUCACAUUCUUCAUAUCGGGCCUGCAACGUACACAGAGCCUCCCAAUUUCCUGACCUUGGAAGCCCAGCGGGGUGCUUACUUAGACUGGGGAAAAUAUUUUCAAGGAUCAGCACAGUUUUGAGGAUUAAAGUGUAGAGCCAUGGAGUUGUGGUGAGGGGCAAUUUCGGGCACUGGAAACACCUUAACCCGAAGGAGGACAUAACAGAAUGGUUCCUGUUAGAACAGACAGUUUACUUCAGCAUGUUUGGCCUUCCAUUUCUAAAUUUCUUUGUUUGUACUAAAAAAGUAUGAUGUAAACAUUGUGUUUGACCUGUUACAACCUCUUACACAUAAAACCCACACACAUUCACGCCCACAUUAAAGCCAGAUCCUAUAAUCCUAAAAUCGUGUUGUUUGGGAAGGGGGUCAGGUCUGAGUAUUAACAGCUGGAGGAAAAGGAUUAUUACAAUCAAUGUUACACUGGUUUAGACAACUAUAAACAUAUGUGUGUGGUAUUUAAGAUGAUUUUUGGACUAGAAUCAGUAGAAUUUGCCUGUGGCAUGUAAAGGCACAGAGAAGACACUCGUUUUUAUGUUUGAUUCCGGCAUUUUGGCUGCUACAUCAGAGUGGUGCUGAGGGUGGCACAUCAAAGUAAAAUAUGAAAUAAAAUCCCAACUGAAACAGAAGACACUGCUGUCUGUCAUACUCUGGGCAGGCUCCAAUAAUUCCAGCUUCAGAACUGGGUAACAGAGUAAGAUUUCUAUAAACUGCAGCCAAAAACUGAACUGUCACGUUCCGACACGGGUCAUUUUUUUGAGAUAGUCACACCUAAUUAUAAUUGCUUUGACAAUACUGCUACUUCUUACUGACAUGCAAAUAAAGCCCUUUUUGAGUUGGAAAAUGUCUCCAGGUGUGUUGUCAUGGUAACUGUGUAAAGGACACAUUCCCGCAGGGUAUCACACAGCCAGUUGUGAUUCAACCCCAUAGACCUUGCUUAGAGUAUAUAAUAUAUAGAGACAGCAAUGCCAAUAGAAACCAAUGGGGGGAAAUUCCACCGCACAGGGCAGCAUGUUGCUCACUGCUCAUGCUCAUUUGUGUCCUUGGUCACAUGCACAACGAAGAAGACUCAGAGUAAAUUAUGUACCACAGCAGAUGAACCAAUGAUAAACACUUGAGCAGUUGCCAAACAAGGGUGCACUAGAUUUUAUGUCUAUGACAUAAAAAUGCAUGAAAUAAAAAUAUUUGUCUUUGUCUGUGCGCUGGGGGUAAAAAUCAGACCACUGAAAAAAUAAUUUUUAAAAUAAAUAAAAAUAUGAUAGAUUGAACAACAAUAUAUAGGCGGAUAUAUUUUUAGUUUGCUGUCAAAUGUGAAUGGAGUCCAAUGGGAAAAUAGGCUUUUUGAGCAAAAAUAUUGGUAUCACUUCAUACCAAUUGGCAAAACUAGUAGCUCAAAAGCUGGCCCCUUGCCGUAGACAUGCAUAUGUCAUCCCAGGUGAUAACUGCAGCUCUGCAGUGUUGGAAAACAUGGGAGACAAGUCCACUACAGCCAACCGCCCGUGAAGCAUCUCACUUUGUUUGGUCAAUCUACAACCCUGUUAUAUCCUCUACCCCCUCCCUCAACCCCUUUCCCUACACAUUGUUUUACCUCCCCACCAGAUCUAAUCACCCCCCUCCCCACUCCUGUGAUGUGUUUUAAUUUCAUUUAUGACAAUGGCUGUUUGUUCCACUGUCUCCAUUGAGGGACAGGGUAUAAGAGUGACAUUCUCCCUCAUUUGCUAGUUCUUGUUGAUCUGUACUUGGGGAACAGAACCACUAGUUCCUCUACUAUAUUAAACUAUCUGUUUGAAACAAA